AUGGCCUUUGUAUAUCAAGGAGAUGCUGAUUUAGAAGCAAAAUCCAAGAAAGCUGCUGAGCGGAUUUCUGAGAAUAUGCACAUUGUCGCUAAUGAACCUUCGUUAGCUUUAUAUCGAUUACAAGAACAUGUUAGAAAAGCUUUGCCACCAAUGGUGGAACGGCGGGUGGACGUCACAAAGCUGCAGCAUGACCUACAAGGACGAUGCUAUGAUGUCGAGUAUGCUCUGAGUGCUGUGAAAUCAAUGGAUGCAGCUGCUACAAGCUUUCAAAACAUCCAGGAAAUGAUAAAACAAGCAAUAUUUUUAAAACAACAGCUAAAAUAUGAGGAGGCUAGAAGAAAUAAAAAAGAUACAAAUUCUGUGUACAAACGUCUCUCUGCUCACAUUGUUCUCGAUUUGCCAGAUCUUUCUGAUUUCUCUAUGGUCCGUGAAACCACUAAUAGAAUUGAAAAUAUUAUGGCUCAUGCUAGAGGAUCUAAUAACGAGUUGCAUAGAUCCCAUACAACUUUGCAUUAA